AUGGUGAUGGAUGUAGCGACAGCUCAAUUUCACAAUGUCGAUGAUUUAAUUGAAGAAUCUCCAAACCCAACAGCCCAUCAUUUGUAUGAUAUGUUAAAGGCGGCUGAUAGAGAGUUGUGGCCUGGCUGUAAAACCCAUACCCAAUUAUCUCUUGUAGCUCGAUUGAUGAGUUUAAAAUCUGAUAAUAAUAUGUCUGAGCGAUGUUUUGAUCAGAUUUUGGAGUUGAUUAAAGAAAUAGUUCCCGAUAAUAAUUUGGUGACUGGAGAUUUCUACAGUGCAAAGAAAUUGCUUCGUGGGCUGGGUUUGCCAGUUGAGAAGAUUGAUUGUUGUCGUAAUAAUUGUAUGCUUUUUUGGGGGGAUGAUGAAAGCUUGAACGAGUGUAAGUUUUGCGAUGCAAAACGUUACAAAGAAUCUUCUGGUCCCAGUGGUAGUCGUCAACGACGCCUAGUUGCAGUCAGUCAGAUGCAUUACUUUCCCAUCACCCCAAGAUUGCAAAGGUUAUAUGCAUCUAAAGCAACAGCAGCUGAUAUGCGAUGGCAUGCUACAUCAGUUAAUGAUGGUGUGAUGAGACACCCUGCAGACUCACCUGCAUGGAAACAUUUUGACAACACAUUUCCUGAUUUUGCGGCUGAGGUCAGAAAUGUGAGAUUGGGGCUUUGUACUGACGGAUUCUCGCCAUUCAACAAUUUUGGAAAGCAAUAUUCCUCAUGGCCAAUCCUACUUACUCCAUACAAUCUUCCUCCUUGGAUGUGCAUGAGAGAACAACACAUAUUUCUCACUGCUGUCGUCCCUGGGCCACACAAUCCAAAGGAUAUGAUUGAUAUUUUUCUUCAACCGUUGAUUGUUGAGUUAUCUCAUCUUUGGGAAGUGGGUGUCCAAACGUAUGACAUAUCAUUGAAGAAUAAUUUCCAAAUGCGUGCUGCACUUUUGUGGACAAUUAGUGACUUUCCCGCUUAUUCCAUGCUUUCUGGUUGGAGUACAGCUGGUAGAUUGGCAUGUCCACGUUGUUGUGAUGAUACAGAUUCUUUUCGAUUACCUUUGAGUGGUAAACAAUCCUGGUUUGACUGUCAUAGGAGGUUCUUACCCACUGAUCAUCCUUUUCGACGCAACAAAAAUGCGUUUAUAAAAAAUGCUCAAGUAAGAAAAGGUCCUCCACAAACAAAAAAUGGGUACCAGUUGUUGGCUGAGAUUGAGGGAUUGGGGAUUAAAAAAGUAACAGAAUUGACAGUUGAAGAGACUCGAUUACGGAUAUCUAAACGACAAAGAACUUAUGAAUCAGGUUGGAGGAAAAAAAGUAUAUUCUGGGAUUUGCCAUAUUGGAGUUCGUUGCUUAUACGUCAUAAUCUUGAUGUUAUGCAUAUAGAAAAGAACGUCUUUGAUAAUUUGUUCAACACCAUUAUGAACACUAAAGGCAAAACAAAGGAUACGGCCAAAUCUCGCGAAGAAUUGAAUAGGUUUUGUCGCAGACCUGAGUUAGAAGCCAAUGAACAAACAGGAAAGUACCCUAAAGCAUGUGCUUGA